AUCCAUAAAAACCACAGAGAAGAUCAUAAUCUGGACAGUUGUGAUCUUUGUUUGGUCAAGAUGAAGAAGUUGUUGGUGGUGUUUGACUUUGAUCACACAUUGGUGGAUGGAAACAGUGACACCUGGGUGGUGCGAUGCGCCCCUGAUCAGAGUUUACCCGACUGGCUUCAGGACUCGUACCAGAGAGGCCGCUGGACAGAGUACAUGGGCCGAGUGCUGGCGUACAUCGGGGAGCAAUCCGUCGGCCCGGACGCCAUCCGGGCGGUCAUGCAGACGCUCCCAUUCACUGAAGGAAUGAUCGAGCUGCUGAAGUUCAUCUCACAGAACAAGAGCCACAUUGACUGCAUCAUCGUCUCUGAUUCCAACACACUCUUCAUCCAGUGGAUCUUGGAUGCCGCCGGGGUGACGUCUGCCGUUGAUCACGUUUUCACCAACCCGGCCCACGUGGACCAGCGUGGCUACAUCCAGGUCCAGUGCUUCCAUGCACACAGCUGUGAGCGCUGUCCAGUGAACAUGUGCAAGCAGAAGGUGGUGAAGGAUUUCAGAGCCAACCAGAUCGACGCUGGUGUCCACUACCAAACCGUCUGUUACAUCGGGGACGGCAGUAACGAUCUCUGUCCCAUCAGGGUUUUACACGAGGGUGACAUGGCGAUGCCACGGAGGGGGUUCAGCCUUGAAAAACUGCUCGACAAAAUGGAAAAUGAUGCUCUGAAGGCCCAGGUCAUACCCUGGAGCAGCGGUGCUGAGAUUCUCUCACAGCUGAGAGCAGUUAUUUAAUCUGUUUACACUGCAUGGCCAAAUGUUUGUGGACACCCCACCUAAUUACUGAGUUUAGGUGUUUCAACCAAACCCAGUGCUAACAAAAUUAAAAUAAAAUAAUUUGUAUGUCGAUUUUCUGUUCAUAAAGACAUAAUCUGAUGAGUGUGUAGUGGAGGGACCUCAGUGGCCUGCACAGAGCCCUGACAUCAACCUUGGACACCUGGGAUGACGUCCCACAUUGGUGCCUGACCUCACAAAGUGCUUAUUUGACCGAUCAAACACAAAUUCCUGCACACUCUCCUCAAUCUGCACACAAUCUACCACAAGGCAGCAUGGUAGCAUGGUGGGUUGUGCAUCGGGCCACCAAACGAAAGGUUGAGAGGGCAAAUCCCAGCUCUGCCAUUCAGCCACUGUUGGGCCCUUGAGCAAGGCCCUUAACCCUUUCUGCUCCAGGGGUGCUGUACAAUGGCUGAUCUUGCAGUCUGACCCCAGCUUCCAAAUGAGCUUGAAUACAUGAAAAAGGAAUUUCGUUGUACUGUACACAUGUACAGUAUAUGUACAGUAUAUAUGGCACACAAAGGCAUUCUAUCUAGUGGAAGGCCUUUCUAGAGGAGUGGGUACUGUUAUACCCACAAAGGGGGCCAACUCUAUAAUAAUAAUGCCUAUAGUCAGUUUUGGAAUGGGAUGUCCAAAUGGUCAUGGUCAGGUGUCCACAUACUUUUGACCAUAUAGUGUUUUAACAACUGAGUGAAGAAGGAAUGCUUCGAUGUGCUUCUGAUUACCAGGCCAGUUCCCAGCUUCUGUCUGAUACUCUUGAUCAGAUCUAAUUUAAUGUGCACUUGUGUGAAAAAGUAUUUGCCCCCUAUUGUCUGUUAUCACAUAUUCAUCAUAUCUAAUGAUUUUACAUUAUUAAACAAAAUUCACUUUACAAAGCGAACAUGAGCAAUGUUUGUGGAGUCAGUAGCCCAAAAUAUAAUUACCCCCACCAGCCAACAGCAAGAAUUUAUAGAAUUCAAUCAGAAUUCAAUCAGACGGCUGAUAGCAGAGCUAAGAUUUGAACUCGAGCUCAAGCUCUCAGCACCGAUGGGCUAGCCACUGCGCCACCCUAGCAUUUCUGAUGCUUUCUACAAUUAUAUGGUCACUCUGUGGACUGUUUAUGAAGGAAUAUAGUGAGACCCCUGUUAAAUAAAUAAACUCCUAUUUGCUAAUCACUUUCUUCCUCUCUGUAUUUAAGAUGAUACGUCUCUGGCAGUGAUUGUUGAUCUCAGGGAUAAAACUCAGGAGCAGUAGGAGCUACAACAUGUAUAAAAUGAAGCUGAUGUUUAAUAAAUUAUCCUUCCAGAUGUG